CCGGGACUGGUCGGGCGGGGGGCGGGGGCGGGCCCGCUUCCGGGCCGAACGGUGCGGGUGUGGGCGGUGCGUGCAGCCGGGACAGACGGCGAGAGACGCGCAGCCACCCGGCCAGUGUUCCCAGGACUGCAGCCUGAGGAGUUCCUGCUGGACUCCAGCCCCGUCGCCAUGGGCAGCCCCGAGGGGCGCUUCCAUUUUGCCAUCGACCGCGGAGGCACCUUCACGGACGUCUUUGCCCAGUGCCCAGGGGGGCAUGUGCGGGUCCUGAAGCUGCUCUCAGAGGACCCUGCCAACUACGUGGACGCCCCCACGGAGGGCAUCCGCCGCAUCCUGGAGCAGGAGGGGGGCGUGCUGUUGCCGAGGGACCGGCCUCUGGACACCAGUCGCAUCGCCAGCAUCCGCAUGGGCACCACGGUGGCCACCAACGCGCUGCUGGAGCGGCAGGGGGAGCGGGUGGCACUGCUGGUGACCCGCGGCUUCCGAGACCUGCUGCACGUGGGCACCCAGGCCCGGGAGGACCUCUUCGACCUGGCCGUGCCCAUGCCCGAGAUGCUGUACGAAGAGGUGCUGGAGGUGGAUGAACGAGUGGUGCUGUACCGUGGGGAGCCAGGCUCCGGGACGCCUGUCAAAGGCUGCACGGGGGACCUGCUGGAGGUGCAGCGGCCCGUGGACCUGGGGGCCCUGCGCGGGAAGCUGGAGGGGCUCCUGGCCCGCGGCAUCCGCAGCCUGGCCGUGGUCCUCAUGCACUCCUACACGUGGGCCCAGCAUGAGCAGCAGGUGGGCGCGCUGGCCCGGGAGAUGGGCUUCACACACGUGUCGCUGUCCUCGGAGGCCAUGCCGAUGGUGCGCAUCGUGCCAAGGGGGCACACGGCCUGUGCCGACGCCUACCUCACCCCCGCCAUCCAGCGCUACGUGCAGGGCUUCUGCCGGGGCUUCCAGGGCCAGCUCAAGGACGUGCAGGUGCUGUUCAUGCGCUCCGAUGGCGGCCUGGCGCCCAUGGACGCCUUCAGUGGUUCCCGCGCGGUGUUGUCCGGCCCCGCUGGGGGUGUGGUUGGCUACUCUGCCACUACCUACCAGGCCGAGGGUGGCCAGCCUGUCAUUGGCUUUGACAUGGGAGGCACAUCCACCGACGUGAGCCGCUACGCGGGGGAGUUCGAGCAUGUCUUUGAGGCCAGCACGGCGGGCGUCACCCUCCAGGCCCCCCAGUUGGACAUCAACACCGUCGCAGCUGGUGGGGGCUCCCGCCUCUUCUUCAGGUCUGGCCUGUUUGUGGUGGGGCCGGAGUCUGCAGGAGCCCACCCUGGCCCCGCCUGCUACCGUAAAGGGGGCCCCGUGACCGUGACGGAUGCUAAUCUGGUUCUGGGCCGCCUGUUGCCUGCCUCCUUUCCCUGCAUCUUUGGGCCGGGAGAGGACCAGCCUCUGUCUCCGGAGGCCUCCCGAAAGGCCCUGGAGGCUGUGGCCACCGACAUCAACAGCUUCCUGACCAACGGGCCUUGCCCCGCCUCCCCACUGAGCCCAGAGGAGGUGGCUAUGGGGUUUGUGCGUGUGGCCAAUGAGGCCAUGUGCCGGCCCAUCCGUGCCCUCACGCAGGCACGAGGUCACGACCCCUCGGCACAUGUGCUGGCCUGCUUUGGAGGAGCUGGCGGGCAACAUGCCUGUGCCAUCGCCCGGGCCUUGGGCAUGGACACUGUGUACAUUCACAGGCACAGCGGGCUGCUGUCAGCACUGGGGCUGGCGCUGGCCGACGUGGUGCACGAGGCCCAGGAGCCCUGCUCCCUGCCCUACGUGCCCGAGACCUUCAUGCAGCUGGACCAGAGGCUGAGCCGGUUGGAGGAGCAGUGCGUGGACGCCCUGCGGGCCCAGGGCUUCCCCAGGUCCCAGAUCCACACCGAGGGCUUCCUGCACCUGCGCUACCAGGGCACGGACUGUGCCCUGAUGGUGUCCGCCCACCAGCACCCGGCCACUGCCCGCUCUCCCCGCGCUGGCGACUUCGGGGCAGCGUUCGUGGAGAGGUACAUGAGGGAGUUCGGCUUCGUCAUCCCUGAGCGGUCGGUGGUGGUGGACGAUGUGCGGGUGAGGGGCACUGGCUGCAGUGGCCUUCGCCUGGAGGACGUCGCCAAAGCCCAGAUGGGGCCCCCUCGGGUAGACAAGAUGACCCAGUGCUACUUUGAGGGGGGCUACCAGGAGACCCCCGUGUUCCUGCUGGGAGAGCUGGGCUAUGGGCACAAGCUCCAGGGACCCUGCCUGAUCAUCGACAGCAACAGCACCAUCCUGGUGGAACCGGGCUGCCAGGCAGAGGUGACUGAGACCGGGGACAUCCGCAUCUCGGUGGGGGCCGAGACCCCCGGCACGGUGGGCGCCCAGCUCGACCCCAUCCACCUGUCGAUCUUCUCCCACCGCUUCAUGAGCAUCGCGGAGCAGAUGGGCCGCAUCCUGCAGCGCACGGCCAUCUCCACCAACAUCAAGGAGCGCCUGGACUUCUCCUGCGCCCUCUUCGGGCCCGACGGGGGGCUGGUCUCCAACGCUCCCCACAUCCCUGUGCACCUGGGCGCCAUGCAGGAGACCGUGCAGUUCCAGAUCCAGCACCUGGGGGCUGACCUGCACCCUGGAGAUGUGCUGCUGAGCAACCAUCCCAGCGCCGGGGGCAGCCACCUGCCAGACCUGACGGUCAUCACGCCGGUGUUCUGGCCGGGUCAGACUCGACCUGUGUUCUACGUGGCCAGCCGCGGGCACCACGCCGACAUUGGGGGCAUCACCCCAGGCUCCAUGCCCCCACACUCCACCGCCCUGCAGCAGGAGGGCGCUGUCUUUCUGUCCUUUAAACUUGUCCAGGGAGGCGUGUUCCAGGAGGAGGCGGUCACCGAGGCCCUGCAGGCCCCAGGCAAGAUUCCCGGCUGCAGUGGGACUCGGAACCUGCACGACAACCUGUCAGAUCUCCGGGCCCAGGUGGCAGCCAACCAGAAGGGCAUCCAGCUGGUGGGGGAGCUCAUCGGGCAGUACGGCCUGGAUGUGGUGCAGGCCUACAUGGGCCACAUUCAGGCCAACGCGGAGCUGGCCGUUCGGGACAUGCUUCGUGCCUUUGGGUCCUCCCGGCAGGCCCGGGGCCUGCCUCUGGAGGUGUCUGCCGAGGACCACAUGGACGAUGGCUCCCCCAUCAGACUCCGCGUGCAUAUCAACCUGAGUCAGGGCAGCGCGGUGUUUGACUUCAGCGGCACGGGGCCUGAAGUGUUUGGCAACCUCAACGCACCGCGGGCCAUCACGCUGUCUGCCCUCAUCUACUGCCUGCGCUGUCUGGUGGGCCGCGACAUUCCGCUCAACCAGGGCUGCCUGGUACCGGUGCGCGUCGUGAUUCCCAAAGGCUCCAUCCUGGACCCUUCCCCGGAGGCGGCCGUGGUGGGCGGCAACGUGCUCACGUCGCAGCGCGUGGUGGACGUCAUCCUGGGGGCCUUUGGGGCCUGCGCCGCCUCCCAGGGUUGCAUGAACAACGUGACCUUGGGAAACGCGCACAUGGGCUACUACGAGACGGUGGCGGGCGGCGCGGGCGCGGGCCCCGGCUGGCACGGGCGCAGCGGCGUGCACAGCCACAUGACCAACACGCGCAUCACGGACCCCGAGAUCCUCGAGAGCAGGUAUCCGGUCAUCCUGCGCCGCUUUGAGCUGAGGCUGGGGUCCGGGGGCCGCGGCCGCUUCCGGGGCGGCGAUGGUGUGGUCCGCGAGCUGCUGUUCCGGGAGGAGGCGCUGCUGUCCGUACUGACGGAGCGCCGCGCCUUCCGGCCCUACGGCCUCCACGGGGGUGAGCCCGGUGCCCGCGGCCUAAACCUGCUGAUCCGCAAGGACGGCAGGACGGUGAAUCUGGGCGGGAAGACGUCGGUAUCCGUGUACCCCGGGGACGUGUUCUGCCUCCACACGCCAGGUGGCGGGGGCUACGGGGACCCCGAGGACCCCGUCCCACCGCCCGGGUCGCCCCCGCAGCCCCCCUCCUUCUCCACGCGCGGCAGCGUCUACGAGUACCGCAGGGCCCAGGAGGCUGUGUGAGGGAGGCCCCGCAAUAAAGAGCCACUCAAUCGUC